GAUCUCAAAUCAGGACAAAAAAUGGUGAAAAUCUGCUGCAUUGGGGCUGGAUAUGUUGGUGGUCCAACUAUGGCAGUUAUUGCCCUCAAGUGUCCCUCUAUUGAAGUAGCUGUUGUUGACAUUUCUGUUUCUCGGAUCACAGCCUGGAACAGUGACCAGCUCCCUAUAUACGAGCCAGGUCUCGAUGAAGUGGUGAAGCAAUGCAGAGGGAAGAACCUCUUCUUCAGCACUGAUGUUGAAAAGCAUGUCUUUGAAGCUGAUAUAAUCUUUGUUUCUGUUAACACCCCGACGAAAACCCGAGGCCUUGGGGCUGGCAAAGCUGCAGACCUCACUUACUGGGAGAGUGCAGCCCGGAUGAUAGCUGAUGUCUCUAAAUCCAACAAGAUUGUGGUUGAGAAAUCGACAGUUCCAGUGAAAACAGCUGAGGCAAUUGAAAAAAUACUGACUCACAACAGCAAGGGCAUCAACUAUCAGAUUCUGUCAAAUCCAGAGUUUCUUGCCGAGGGGACUGCAAUUCAGGAUCUUUUUAACCCAGACCGGGUUCUUAUUGGAGGGAGAGAAACCCCUGAAGGGCAAAAGGCAAUCCAAGCAUUGAAAAAUGUUUAUGCUCAUUGGGUGCCUGAAGACAGAAUCAUUUGCACCAAUCUCUGGUCCGCGGAGCUCUCAAAGCUGGCUGCCAAUGCUUUCUUGGCUCAGAGAAUAUCAUCCGUCAAUGCCAUGUCAGCUCUUUGCGAGGCAACUGGGGCUGAUGUUGCACAAGUUUCUCAUGCUGUUGGUAAGGAUACCCGGAUUGGGCCUAAGUUCCUCAACUCCAGUGUUGGUUUUGGUGGCUCUUGCUUUCAGAAGGACAUUCUCAACUUGGUCUAUAUCUGUGAGUGCAAUGGACUCGCUGAAGUUGCUAACUACUGGAAACAAGUCAUCAAGGUGAAUGACUACCAAAAGAGCCGGUUCGUGAACCGGGUUGUGUCCUCAAUGUUCAACACAGUUUCUGGGAAGAAAAUUGCCAUUCUUGGGUUUGCAUUCAAGAAAGACACUGGUGACACUAGGGAGACUCCAGCUAUUGAUGUGUGCAAAGGUCUGAUGGGAGACAAGGCACAGUUGAGCAUAUAUGACCCACAGGUCACUGAAGAUCAGAUUCAGAGGGAUCUUUCGAUGAACAAGUUCGAUUGGGACCAUCCGAUUCACCUACAGCCAAUGAGCCCCUCCUCAGUGAAACAAGUGAGUGUGGUUUGGGAUGCUUAUGAGGCAACAAAGGAUGCUCAUGGUCUUUGCAUUCUGACCGAGUGGGACGAGUUCAAAACGCUUGAUUACCAGAAGAUCUACGAUAAUAUGCAGAAGCCUGCAUUUGUUUUUGAUGGAAGGAACAUUGUGAACAUGAAGAAGCUCAGGGAGAUUGGGUUCAUUGUGUACUCAAUUGGGAAGCCACUUGAUCCCUGGCUAAAAGACAUGCCUGCUGUGGCAUAA